AUGCGUCUUCUCACUCUGUGCACCCUGCUCCCUAGCGUCCUCGCUCUUCCGUCUCAGACUCUCGACUUCGCAAGGUACGGCAUAGCGCCACGUGCCGAUUCUUCCCUUACGAACUACCUUGGCGUCUUCUUCCUUGGUGACAAGCCCUCUGUCUACUUCUACCUUUCCAAUGGCAACAAUGCAAACUCCAUGGUUGCCAUGAACAAGGGCCAACCUGUUAUAAUUCCUACGAAAGGUACUCAGGGCGUUCGUGAUCCAGCUAUCAUAUCUGGUGGAGCAGCCGAAGCUGGCAAGAAAUGGUACAUCAUUGGCACAGACCUUGAUAUUGGCAAGACAACAUGGGAUGCAUCUCAACGUACAGGCUCUCGUGGAAUCUUCGUUUGGGAGUCUACCGAUCUUGUAACAUGGACCAAUGAACGUCUUGUCACCGUUGAAGACUCUACAGCAGGUAUGGUGUGGGCACCCAGUGCAAUCUGGGACGAAGCCAAGGGCCAAUACUUCGUUCACUGGGCUAGCAAAUUUUACCCUACUUCCGACCCGCAACAUACGGGUGCGCCUUCAUCGAUUCGAAUCCGUUACGCGUACACCAAAGAUUUCAAGACUUUCAGUGCGCCCCAGGACUACAUCAACCGAUCACCUACCAAUAUUAUUGACCAGGAAUUUCUGGCCCUGGGAAACAAUGCAUACGCGCGCUUCUUGAAGGAUGAAAGUGCAAAGACUGUUUUCACAGAAAUCUCUACUAAUGGGCUGUUUGGUACCUGGUCUAGGCCUGCAGGCGCUAACGCUAUUAUCGCUUCUGGUGUAGAGGGUCCUGCACCUUACUGGGAUAAUCAAGUUGCUGGCAAGGCGCAUUUGUUGCUUGACUUCUAUGGAGCAGACGGAUACAGACCUUAUGAAAGUUCUGACGUGAAGGGUGGAAAAUGGACAGCGAGUGACCGGAGUGCCUGGCCUCAGAAUUUGAGGCACGGGAGUGUACUAGGCGUCAACGCGACUCAAGUCGCGGCCUUGAAGAAGAAGUGGAGUGUGUAA